GGACGCACAGCCGGAUGGCUCCUCCUCCUCCUCGUCCUCCUACUGCACUGCCUGGUUCAGAUUGCGCUGCGGUGUUUGCAGAAGGACGUGUUACUGUUCGGCACCUGCCGCAGGUUCUGUUGCUGGUUCUGCUCUUUUUCUCCCCUCCCAGGCAGCCAUGGAAGAGAUGGAGGAAGAGCUGAAAUGCCCGGUGUGUGGCUCCUUCUACCGGGAACCCAUCAUCCUGCCCUGCUCGCACAACAUUUGCCUGGCUUGUGCUCGGAACAUCCUGGUCCAAACCCCCGACGCCGAGUCCCCUCAGAGCAGCCGAGCUUCCGGGUCGGGCAUAUCCGAUUACGACUAUUUGGAUUUGGAUAAAAUGAGCUUGUACAGCGAGGCGGACAGCGGCUAUGGCUCCUACGGGGGCUUCGUCAGCGCCCCCACCACCCCGUGCCAGAAGUCCCCCAACGGGGUGCGGGUGUUCCCCCCUGCCGUCCCCCAGCCCGCCACCCAGCACCACUUGCUCCCGCAGCCCGCCUGCCUCGCCCCCAUCCCCCGCAACGCGUGCCUCACAUGCCCGCAGUGCCACCGCAGCCUCAUCCUGGACGAGCGGGGGCUCCGCGGCUUCCCCAAGAACCGCGUCCUGGAGGGGGUGGUGGACCGCUACCAGCAGAGCAAAGCGGCCGCCUUGAAGUGUCAGCUGUGCGAGAAGAGCCCCCGGGAAGCCACCGCCAUGUGCGAGCAGUGCGACGUCUUCUACUGCGAGCCCUGCCGCCUGCGCUGCCACCCGCCCCGGGGACCCCUGGCCAAGCAUCGGCUUGUGCCCCCGGCGCAGGGCCGCAUCAGCCGCCGCGCCAGCCCGAGGAAGAUCUCGACGUGCACGGAGCACGAGCUGGAGAACCUGAGCAUGUACUGCGUGCAGUGCAAGACGCCGGUGUGCUACCAGUGCCUGGAGGAGGGAAAGCACGGCACGCACGAGGUCAAGGCUCUGGGGGCUAUGUGGAAACUACACAAGGGUCAGCUGUCUCAGGCGCUCAACGGACUCUCGGACCGAGCCACCGAGGCCAAAGAGUUCCUGGUCCAGCUGAGAAACACGGUGCAGCACAUCCAGGAGAACGGCGUGGAGUUCGAGGCGUGUCUGGUGGCGCAGUGCGACGCCCUCAUCGACGCUCUGAACCGUCGCAAGGCUCAACUGCUGGCUCGCGUCAACAAGGAGCAUGAACACAAGCUCAAGGUGGUGCGGGAUCAGAUCUCCCACUGCACGGUGAAGCUGCGUCAGACCACAGGCCUGAUGGAGUACUGCUUGGAAGUCAUCAAGGAGAACGACCCCAGCGGCUUCCUCCAGAUCUCAGACGCGCUGAUCCGGAGGGUCCUGAUGACGGAGAGCCAGUGGGGGAAAGGGACGCUGACUCCCAGGAUGACCAGCGACUUUGACCUGACGCUGGACAGCGCCCCCCUGCUGCAGACCAUCCACCAGCUGGACUUUGUGCAGAUGAAAGGUACAGGCGCAGGCGUCCCGUGCGGACGUGUACUGAAAAAGAACUCCCCCUCCUCCCCCUCUUCCCCCUCCUUCUCCUCAGUGCCGGCCGCCCCCAUGCUCCAGCUGGAAGAAUGCUGCACGGAGAACAACAGCGCCACGUUGUCAUGGAAACAGCCGCCGCUCUCCACCAUCGCCGUGGACGGAUACAUCCUGGAGCUGGACGACGGAGACGGGGGACCGUUCAGGGAAGUGUACGUGGGUACGGAGACCAUCUGCACGGUGGACGGCCUCCACUACAACAGCACGUACAAGUCCAGAGUGAAGGCCUUCAACGCCAGCGGAGUGGGCCAGUACAGCAAGACGCUGAUCAUGCAGACGUCUGAGGUAGCAUGGUUCACCUUUGACCCCGCCUCGGCCCACCCGGACAUCAUCUUCUCCAACGACAACCUGACAGUGUCGUGCAACAGCUACGACGACCGCGUGGCCGUAGGCAACACGGCCUUCUCCCGCGGCGUGCACUACUGGGAAAUGACGCUGGACCGCUACGACAACCACCCUGACCCCGCCUUCGGCGUGGCGCGGGCCGACGUGCUGAAGGACGUGAUGCUGGGCAAGGACGACAAGGCCUGGGCCAUGUACGUGGACAACAACCGCUCCUGGUUCAUGCACAACAACUCGCACACCAACAGGACGGACGGCGGCAUCAGCAAAGGCUCGACCAUCGGAGUGCUGCUCGACUUCACACGCGGGAUCAUCAUCUUCCUCAUCAACGACGAGCAGCAAGGUCCCGUGGCCUUCGAGGGCUUGGAGGGCCUCUACUAUCCCGCCAUCAGCCUCAACCGAAAUGUCCAGGUCACGCUGCACACCGGCCUCCCCAUCCCAGAUUUUUACACCCCGGGGGAGGUGGAGCCAAACGGUGCCAUGUGCUAGAGGCGCAUACGACGCAGCCACCCUCCUGUCAGCGCCACCUUCUGGACGCUACACAACAUACAAGACAUAGGGAGGUUAUUUUUAUUAUGGCUAAUAGUGAUCUUGCUAUUAAUAUUAUUGAUAUUAAUAAUGACAUUAUUAUCAAUAGUAAUGUUGAUAAUUAAGUAUUAUCAAUUAUUAAUAACAAUGAUUUGUAUUAUUGAUGAUAAUGUUAACAUUGAUGUUAAUAUUAUUCAUAAUAAUAAUAAUGAUGUGGUGUGUGUGUGUGUGUGUGUGUGUGUGAAGAGGCAAGCACAAUAAGGUAGUGUAUGAGAUCAAAUAGCGUAUAUUUCUAUAAGUGUAUAUUUCUACUUGAUUAUAUUUGCGUCGCUGGUGUGAGCUUUUUGCGUUUUUGCGGUGGGAGAAAAGAAAAACACGUGUAAUGAAAGCAUUUGCAUUUGACUCUUUGUACAUUUUUGUAAUCUUGUCACUGAAAAGGGCUUCUUAUAGCCGCGCGUUAUUUCACGUAGAGUGCAGCUACUGCAGAUGCGUUACGAUAGGGGUCGCGGGGGGUCGUUAGCGGAGGGAGCGGCACCGAACGUAAAACGUCCUCACGGAGGAUGUGCCACAAUAUUAGGUUCACCCUGGCGCUUCAUUGCGCCCAUAAAAUGUUGUUAAGAAUAAAAUGGAGCUUGUUUGCCAUCUAAAGAAGGGAGAACAUGAAAUGAAAUGCAUACAUUCUUAUAUACAUUCAUAUAUUCUUACAUACAUUCAUACAUAAAUUCUUACUUACAUUUAUACAUACAUAAUUAUCUGCAUACGAUACAGCACAUUCUUGCAUACAUAUGUUCUUACAUUCAUUUUUACAUGCAUACAUUCUUAUAUACAUACAUUCUUACAUAUAUUUAAGUAAAUUCUUACACAAAUACAUUCUUACAUACACACAUACAUACAGUACAUUCUUUCUUACAUUCUUAUUUGUACAUAUUUCAUACAUUCAUACAUAUGUUCUUGCAUACAUACAUUAUAUAUAUUCAUAUAUUCUUACAUACAUACUUUCUUCCAUAAAUACUUACAUUUAUACAUACAUACAUACAUACAUUGUCUACAUGCGAUACAGUACAUUCAUAAAUACAUAUGUUCUUACAUACAUUUUUAAAUGCAUACAUUCUUACAUACAUACAUUCUUACAUACAUGCAGUCUUACAUAUAUUUGCACAUAAAUUCUUACAUACAAUUAUAUAUUUUUGUUGCAUACGUACAUUCUUACAUACACUCAUACAUACAGUACAUUCUUUCUUACAUACAUACAUUCAUGCACACAUACAUUCUUACAUACAUACAUUCUUAUUUAUACAUCUUUCUUACAUUCAUACAUACGUUCUUACAUGCAUACAUUAUAUACAGUACAUUCAUAUAUUCUUACAUACAUAUAUCCUUACAUAAAUUACUUACAUUUAUACAUACAUACAUACAUAAUCUACAAACAUUAUAGUACAUUCUCACAUACAUAUGUUCUUACAUACAUUUUGACAUACAUUUUUACAUACGAUACUGUAUAUUGUUGCAUACUUACAUUCUUACAUGUACUCAUACAUACAUACAUACUGUACAUUCAUGCACACAUACAUUCUUACAUACAUGCGAUGAUAUAUUGUUGCAUACAUACAUUUUUUCUUGCACUCAUACAUACUGUACAGUCUUACUUACAUACAUUCAUGCACAAAUAUAUAAAUACAUACAUUCUUACAUGCACUCAUACUUACAGUACAUUCUUACAUACAGUACAUACUUUCAUAUGGUGCUAACCUGUGCUUCUCUCACGCCUUCGCUGCCGCUGUUCGAUACCCACCUGGUAGACUGGAGAGUCCACUGAGCCACCGUGACGCGUGACGUCACCUGCUGCUACUUGUGUGUAUUGUGAUGAUGUACAACAAUAAGUAAAUAACACCAAUGAGUGACAAAGGCUAGAAAAGUGCAACAGCAACGCUCUGACACGAGCAGAAUGGCUUUCAAUGAUUUUUGUCCAUUUUACUCUUCAACAUUUGAAUUUUGUGGACUGAAAUCAGCUCAUUGGUCUGAACACAAACAUAUGGAAGUGUGUAUGUGUGUGUGUGUGUGAGUGUGUGUGAGUUUGUGUGAAUAAAUAGACUAGUAGAUAAUGAUCAUGAUGAUCAUUUGUCAAUCGCAGCUUCUAUCAAUAUUAUUGCGCAGUCGCUGGGCGACACUGGCUCUUAUAUAUCUAAAUGUAUAUCACUUAAAUACAGUGUGCGUGUGCGCGUGUGGAAUAGUACCUGUUCAUAUUCUUCAUUAUAAAAUACAUGAUUUCUCUUCUGAUUUAAGUAAACAUGAUGGUUAUACAGUAUGUCUCUUCUAUUGCCAGAUGACUGCCACAUUAUUAUUGUUAUCAUUAUUGUUAUUGUUAUUAUUAUGAUGAUCAUUUGAGCCUAAUAUGAGCCUGUGUUUUAUUGUAAAUGUGAAAAUUCAAUAAAUGAGUGUCUACCAACUACUUCCAAUACCUGGGACUCCAAUGAAAAAGCUUGAAAUACGUGCAAUAUAUGAAUCAGAAUUAAAUAGCGAUAGCUUGUAAUGCUCGAAAAAUCAAAUGUGUAGCCUUGGAAUACAUUUCAAAGAUAGAUAGUUAAUCUCCAAGAGAAACACACUUUUUUAGCAUCUAUGCAAAAUUAUCCAAAUAAAAUUAAUCAUAUUGUUAACUUAAUCAUAUAUAAACAUUAACCUAACAUUUAAAAAACGAUAUUUUGCCAGUACUCUAUAUAAAAAUGACUAGACCUGUAUAUGCAUGAUACAACAAUAUUAAAAUACAGUCCAACUUGUCUAUAGUGGCCACUAGAGGGAGACUGCAAAAGUGGCCGCUUUAGACAGGCGGCCUCUAUAGACAGGUUGGCGUCCAGU